AGACUACAUAAUUAGUCUUUUCUUCUUCUUUUUUGGAAAAUUGGUUUGUACAUAACCAUAUAUUGGGAUGACCAUAGACUACAGAGUUGGUUUGUAACCAUAUAUUGGGAUGACCAUAGACUAUAGAGUUGGUUUGUAACCAUAUAUUGGGAUGACCAGUCAAACCAAUGCCAACACAUCCCUCAUCUCAAAGGUCUGACAUUUAUUUUAAUAUUUUUGGUGGAGUUUUGUCAACACAAUCUCAGUUCAAACAAAAACUAAAUACAUCUCCUAAAUAUAUGCAAUUGUCAACAAAUUCAGCUAUGGCCCUCUUUUACCUCAUAAGUUUCAAGAAAUUCAUAGUCUUUUUCAAGUCCAAUGAGUGCACAAAGUCAACUUUCACCUCUGCUCAAUUAGGAACUGCAGCUCCUCCCUUUCCUAUUUAAACACACUUUUAACAUAACUGUUAUUCAUAGCUCAAAUAUUCACAUCCCUCUCUUUGCUACAUUCUGUAAAAUUCAUCAAAAAUGGCAAUUCUUGACAACUCUAAAAGAGAAGCAUCAUCACCAUCGACGCCAAGGCGAGCCAAGAAAAGCCUCUUCUCUUUCUCCAAAACAAAUUCAUCCCUUUCUAACUAUUCAAGUCAUUUACCUCCUCCAACACCUUCACACACACUAUCCCAAUCAAUCAUGGAGGAAAACAUCGAUAACGCUGAGACCAUUAUCAAAAAAUGGGAUCCCAAAGAAUCCUCCUUUGAGAAAUUCAUUUCACUUUUUCAAGAAGACAGAAAAGAAGCCAAAGAAUUCAUUCAAUGUGUCAAAGACUUAAAAAGAGCUAUGCACUUUCUUGUUAUGGAGCAUUCAACUUCUAACAAGCUUGUGCUAGCACAUAACUUGAUGCAAACAGCCAUGAAAAGACUUGAGAAAGAAUUCUAUCAAAUUUUGUCAACAAACAAGGAGCAUUUAGAUCCAGAAUCAGUAUCUAAGUCUAGUCAGUCCUCACACUUAUCACAAUCAAUUUCAGUUGAUUCACAAGAAGAUGAAACUGGCUCUGAAAAUGAUAUUCAGGCAGCUGUUGAAUCCAUAUCCGAGGUUGAACGGCUUUCUGUUCUAGCUAUGUCUGAUCUCAACCUGAUUGCAGAUUGUAUGGUUGGUUCCGGUUAUGCCAAAGAGUGUGUGAAGAUCUACAAAAUUUUCAGAAAGUCAAUCGUGGACGAAGGCCUCUAUCGUCUUGGGAUUGAAUCACGUAGCUCGGCCCAUAUUAAUGGGAAGAAUUCAGAUGCUCUUGAGCAUCAAGUCAAGCACUGGAUAAAUGCAGUGAAAGUUGGAGUGAAAACAUUCUUCUAUGGAGAGAGGUUUCUGUGUGAUCAUGUGUUCUCAACCUCCAACACAAUCAGAGAAACAUGUUUCACUGAUAUAGCAAAAGAAGGUGGAAUCAAUCUGUUUAGAUUUCCAGAGGUUAUUGCAAAAUCCAAGAAAUCACCUGAAAAUAUUUUCCUUUUAAUGGACUUGCAUGAAACAAUCUCAGAACUCUUGCCUGAGAUUGAAUCAAUCUUUUCAUAUGAAUCAAUCUCAACAGUCAAAAUGCAAGCCCUAUCCAUCCUUCACAAACUUAAGGCCUCAAUCCAAACAACUCUCUCUGAUUUUGAGUCGUCGAUCCAGAAGAAUUCCUUAAGAACACCAGUUCCUGGUGGUGGGAUUCAUCCAUUGACCAAUUCUGCUUUAGAUUAUGUAUGUUCGCUGGCCAACUACAGCGGAGUCCUCUCUGAUAUAAUUUGUGACUCUGCCCCCGCAGCACAAUCGCCAUUUCCUGAAUCUUACUUCGACAGUCCAUCAGCCAACGAGACGCCAACUUCAGCAGUAUCUGCUAGACUUGCUUGGAUCAUCCUUGUACUCCUUUGCAAGCUUGACAGCAAAGCUAAGCUUUAUAAUGACAUCGCUUUAUCCUAUCUUUUCCUAGCUAACAAUCUCCAAUUCGUUAUCGAGAAGGUUCGUAAAAGUGUACUCAAGUGUCUUCUAGGAGAUGAUUGGAUAUCAAAGCUUGAGAGAAAGGUAAAACUAUAUGCAACAAACUAUGAAAACGUGGCUUGGAAUAAGGUGUUUUUGUGCCUGCCUGAAAGUUUGGAUCCAUCAGUUUCCCCUGAUAUAAUAAAGGAACAUUUCAGAAAAUUCAACACAGCUUUUGACGAAUCAUACCAGAAACAAAAAUCUUGGGUGGUUCCAGAUGGAAAGCUACGAGACGAGAUCAAAGUGUCAAUAGCAAGAAAACUAGUACCUGCUUAUCGAGAUUUCUAUGAUUACUAUAUGAUAGUAUUGAGUGGGGAAAAGAAUUUGGAGGUCUUAGUAAGAUUUUCUCCUGAUAAUAUCGGGAAUUACUUGUCAGAUUUGUUUCAUGAAACUCUGCCGUUGGGGAGUUUAUUGUCAGCAUCAACAUUGCCUAACUCCUGUGUUUGGCAUUGUCUUUCUUAAUUUGCUCAUGUUCAUUGCCAAGAUCUGGACAUAACCAUUUUGGUGAAUAAUGUAUACUAAGUACUACAAUUUCUUGAUUUCAA